UGUUCUCUGAUAUUUACAAAAUUUGUCUACUAUCUUCAGGUAAGCAGGAAAUAUACCGUUGCCAGGUAGUGUAUCAUUCCAAUAUGUCAUAGGUCACUCUGCCGGCCAGACGAAGAGUCGAGGAAGGCCUUGUCAGCCGUUUGACACCUCCCGCCUCGAGGACUCGAGUACUGACACUGUCUUACACAGCAGACCGACCGUGAGUUCAGAUCUAACAUUGAAACUAAGAAGAAAAAAAAUGUUAGCUUUCUUUCAUGCGCUGAAGGACCCAAGUGUUGUGGCCAAGUUUCAAGAACUGUGCGGUAUCGAGUUCAUCGAUGAAGUCCAUGAGGGAAACGGGGACGCCUGUGCUGACAACUGCCACAAGCCCGACUCGGCAUCAAACGGCAUAAGGAAACGCUACAAAGAAUAACCAAAGCAAGAAGGAAAUCUGGCUAACGGGUAUAUUGAUCUCAGUCACCCAAGAGACAAGGCAGAAUGGGGCAACCACGUGUCAGAGGCUGGGCGGCCAUACAGAGUCACACAAGAUGUGGUACUACCUGUUCUGUUUCGGAUCGUCGCUGGGAGGAGAACUGUUCUACAUCACCUUCUUCCCCUUCUGGUUCUGGAAUAUUGACUAUUUCGUUAGCCGCCGGGUCAUUGUAGUCUGGGCCUUCACCAUGUACCUGGGCCAGUCCGCGAAGGACAUCAUCCGCUGGCCCCGACCGCCCUCUCCGCCGGUGGCCAAAAUCGAGCGUACUUUUGACUCGGAGUAUGGCUUCCCUUCCACCCAUGCCAUCGUCGCGUUCUGCAUUCCUUUCACGUUUAUCUACUGGACAGUAGGCAGAUACGAGUACUGGUACCCAGCAGGUUACAUGAUUGGUGCAGCGUGGUGCCUCCUGGUGUGUGUCAGUCGGCUGUAUGUGGGCAUGCACAACAUCCUGGAUGUCCUUGCCGGUCUGACCCUGAGCGUGAUGCUGACGUGCUUCAUCACCCCCUGGCUGGACACCAUCGACCACUUCAACCUGCACCACCCCUACUCCCCCCUGCUGGUCAUCACCUCCUACUUCAUCCUGUGCCUGUUGUACCCCAGCGGGGGGCAGUGGAACACGGCCAGGGGGGACACGGCCAUGAUUGUUGGUACUUGUGCAGGUGUUAUAUAUGGGGCUUGGAUCAACACUCAGUACAACCUACUGCAGGACCCCUCCAUCCCCCCACCAUACAAAGUCAUCUGGCCAAGCAUCCAACAACUCGGCCUCUUUGCUGUCCGCUUCGUCCUGGGCGGGAUCAUCGCGGGUAUAUCGCGUGCAGUGGUCAAGCCUCUAACCCUGAACACAGUGUGUAGGCUGUUCGGGGAAUCAACAGAAGACCCGAAGGCAAGGUCUAGGGCAGUCGUCGAAGUGCCAUACAAAUUUUUCACGUAUGGCUUCCUUGGCGUAAUGGUUGUUUGUGUGAUACCCAUAGUGUUUCGCAUGUUGGGUAUUGCAUCGCUGUAUGAGAUUGGUUAUGAACAAGCACACCCAGCUCUGUGACGAGUGUACUACCGCUUACUUGUGACAUAGGUAACUCUACAGUUGGAUUGUUGGCGAAUAUUACUGUUACAUGGCUGAUGAAUCUACCAAUAGAAUUUGACAUUUGUCAGAUAUUUUGCAUGUAAAAUGUAGGCAUUCACUUGUUUGCAGUCAACAUAUUUUCAAUUCCUGAAUGGCUUUUCAAUGACACUUGAUGACAUUGUAAUUAUCAUGUCCUGUUCUGGUUCAUCAGCCAAUAGCAGAUGUGCCAAGGAGUUUGUCAACUUUUUUUCCAGAAUAUCUUUGAGUUGAUAUCAA